AUGGAUGAGGUGUCGGCGGCGGAGACGGCGUUUCCUCAUCGUGCAGGGAAUCUUUACAAGAUUCAGUACUUGAUUGGGUGGAAGGAGCCUGGGGUGGAGGCAGAGGAGAAGUAUCUGGGAGAUAUUCGGAGCCGGUAA